UUUCGUGUGUUCUGUCAAGUCGUCUAAAGAGGAAAGCAAAUUCAUAAGCUAUUCGGCAGAAAACUUUCAUUUUUGCCAGUUUGUCAGCAAAUUUAACUAUUUUGUGCAACAUUUUCGGAUCCGAACAGGGCUAGUGGUCCGGCGGGUAGUAAGCUCCAGUACAAGACAAGCAUCCGGUACCGAAAUGAAGCGAUUGUCGUGCGGUUUCCUGUGGCUGCUGAUUGCCGUCGUUUUCCAGCAGACGGAGGCAAUUAUGUUCCGCCUGGCGCCGAACAUGCAAAAGUGUCUCAAGGAUGAAAUGCAGGGCAAUCAGAUCGUAGCCGGCGAGUACGAGGUCACCGGUGCGCCAGGACAGAAGAUAAAUUAUGUGGUUCGUGACAGCAAGGGCCACAUAAUGUCCCAGAAAGAUGACAUCAGUAAGGGCAAAUUUACUUUCACGUCGGAGAUGUACGACACGUUUGAGAUUUGUUUUGUCUCGCAGGUUCCACCAACUCAUCGCGGCAUUGAACAGGACGUCGCCCUGGACAUCAAAAAGGGUAUUGAAACCAAGAGUUACGAAGGUAUUGGUGAAGCAGCAAAGCUGAAACCUCUUGAAGUUGAUCUCAAGCGUUUGGAAGAUCUAUCCGACGCCAUUGUGCAGGACUUUGCACUCAUGCGAAAACGCGAGGAGGAGAUGCGCGACACCAACGAAAGUACCAACAGUCGCGUGCUGUUCUUCAGCAUCUUCAGUAUGUGCUGUUUACUCGGACUGGCCACGUGGCAGGUGCUGUACCUUAGGAGGUACUUUAUCGCCAAGAAGCUGAUCUAAAAGCAAACAGAAGGACGAAUCUGGCGCUGAGGACUGUUGUGUGUGACUGCGUGUGUGUGUGCGUAUGUACGAUCGCCAUGCGGGCUUGCGUGAGCCCAAAUGUGUCUUUGUUUUUGGCCCGGGCAGGGCUCAAUUUAGUAGCAAAUCGAAAGGAUGUCGUCUGGUGAAUUCAGACUGAAAUGCAGCGGAACAAAUUUCAUGUUUUCUUCGUUUUGGUAAUAGUGAGUUGGUUUCAACACCCCAUUGUACUAUUUCUAUUAUUUUAUUGAUCAGUUUACAACUUGCAUCAAAAAUCGAGGUUGCGAGAUUGAUAGGAAGUUAUGACUCACCUCGAACCCUCCUCCUUAAUAUGACGUUGUUUUCUAGGAUCCGGUUUCGGUUGUCCAGCGAAGAAUAGUUUAAAGGGCAAUGUUGAAUAUAAGCUCAAAUUUGAUAAUAUACAGUUUUCUCUAAUUUUCGUUGUCGUAAACAGGUUUUAUUUAGUUUAAUAUGAACAUCGACUUAAUACGUUUGUCGCAUUGAAAUAAAAAAAAACUUAAAUAACGUCCAAA